AUGGCAUCCCAGCUGUUACUUUGCGUGUGGGUUAGCUUCACGAUGAUACUCUACACAUCAUGCCAGUCCUUCCAGACAGUCCACACACCUUCCGGUCCUAUCAAGGGACUGGUCGUCCCUACUCUUGGAAAGGAUAUUGUGCAGUUUAGGAACAUUCCGUAUGCGAAACCUCCAAUUGGUAACCUUAGAUUUGAGAAACCACUUCCGAUAGAACCGUGGACAGAAAUACUUGAUGGAACUGUUUUUGGACCCUCUUGUAUGCAGGAUAAAUCUUUCCUGUCAGCUAUAGGGGAAAAUACAGAUCAUGCGAUGAGUGAAGAUUGCCUAUAUCUAAAUGUUUAUGUACCGGGAGAUGUUUCGACCAAUGCCAACAAGGCAGUGAUGGUUUGGAUCCAUGGUGGAGGAUUAGUACUCUUCAAUGGUUGGGGCUAUGAUGCCUCAUUUUUGACAAUGAAAGACAUCAUCGUAGUUACUAUUAACUACCGCCUAGGGAUAUUUGGAUUCCUUAGCACGGGAGACUUAACAAUGCCCAGCAAUUUUGGACUAUGGGAUAUGAUUGAAGCAUUGAAGUGGGUUAAUAAAAACAUAGCUUCAUUUGGGGGCGAUCCUGAUUCUGUGACUAUUUUUGGUGAAUCGGCCGGAGGCAUCGCUGUGUCAUUUCUGGGUAUAAUUCCAAAUACUGCUGGUUUAUUCAAACGCAUGAUUGCCCAAAGCGGAUCUGCUAUAGCAUACUAUUGUGUUACAAGAGAUCCCGUAAAAUUUGCCAAAUCUAUAGGGAAAUUAGUUGGAUGUGUAGCUGGCAAAGACAGCGAUAUUGACAAUCAUGUGCUAAGGGAUUGCCUCAAGAGAAAGACAGCCGAUGAAUUAUUACAAGCCCAGUCGAAUCCUGGGACUCGGACUCAACAUUUUGGAACAUUUUCUCUUUUACCAACAAUUUGGCCAGUUAUUGAUGGAGAACUGAUUCAAAGGCCACCUUUGGACAUUUUGAAUGAUCCGAACUCGGAAGAAUCUAUAUAUUUUAGAUCUCUAGAUUUGCUUGCAGGUACGACUGAUAACGAAGGAGUAUUAAUGCCGAUGUUUUUGGCGGGAUUUCAAGAAUCUAUGAAAUUCAAUAUGACAGAAGGUAUACCAACCCCUGUCUUAUGUGACGUUGUGGCACCAACAUUAGCUAAAGAGAUGUUUAAUGACAAUAGUGUCGCAUCAGAUUUAAUUUGUAAGGAAUAUUCUUCUGACAGCCUUGAACAACAGUCACGAAAUAUUGUAAAUCUAUUUGCGGAUUCAUGGUUUGUGUUUCCGACGAUGCACCUUCUUGAGUUUCAUGCGAAGGAUAAACUGUCUCCAAACACAUAUCAAUAUGUAUAUACUCAGGCAGUGAACUUUUGGUUUUGGAUUCCCACUUAUCCAUGGAUGGAAGGAGCAGGGCAUGCGGUCGAGUUGUUGUAUAUGUUUGGUCCGACAGGGUUUAGUGAAAGGGAUCCAUCUUUGUCCACGGACGAAGGAAGAGCUUUUACUGAUGUUCUCGUCACGUACUGGACCAACUUUGCCAAAUCAGGGAAUCCGAAUGGAGAUGGCCUGGUUCCGUGGAAAGCGUUCAGUCUUAGUAGCCGGGACUAUCUAGAGUUGAAGUACCAACCAAGUCCGGGUCAGAACCUGUUCGAGAAAAGGAUGAAGUUCUUAUCACAGGACAUAUCAAACAAAAUACAGUCCGCUGCCAAGACUGAGCUAUAG